UUACAAUUAGUGCGUUGACCACCCUUGCCAAUUUAGCACAGUUUCACUUCUAAAAUUCGCGAAAGUCCGAGUGUUCAUUAGUGAAUUUUAAAUGAAAAGUUUCGUAACAUCAAAAUCUUUUAAAAAAUGGAAUCAGUGAAAGAACUAAUUUUAAAUUUUAAAAAAAGAAAAUCACAUGUGGGUUACGGAUUUCAAAAAGAAAGUGAGGCUUUAGUAAGUCAUGUUUUGGAUAAUUUUCUAAAAACUCCAUUACCAGACUUGGAACCAGAAAGAAAAAACGAGGAAGACUCUAUACGUUACAGAGAAGAAGGAAAUCAGCAUUUCGUAGCCGGUGAUGAUUCCGCAGCAAUAGAGUGUUACACAAAGAGUCUUGCUUUUGCUGAUAGCAAAGAACUUAUGGCAACCGCCCAUGCUAAUCGAUCAGCUGCACUUUUUAGAAAACAGCUUUACAAACAAUGUCUAAUAGAAAUAGAUGCAGCCUUGUCCCUUGAUUAUCCGGAGGAGAAAAAAGAGAAAUUGAAAGAAAGGGGACGAAAAGCACUUAAAAAGAUAAGCAAUUCUUAUGGAAGCACGGAGACUGAAAAUUCAAAGACUGAAAAAUUCGAUCCUUUUGAGACUAAAUCAAAUGAUAAAGUGAAUUCGAAGUUUCCAUUGAUUCAAAACGUACCAAAUUUAGAGGAGACAAAGGAAGCUGCAGUUUUGAAUAAUAUCCCAAAAGAAAAUCCUAUCAGUUUAACGGAUUUAAAUGGUUCUUCUUCUCCGGGUACAUCUAACAAUCCAAGAUAUUUAAAAACUGAAGGAAAAUUGUCACUUACCUAUGGUCCAAGUGAAGAGUCAUCAUCAGCCAGUAGUGGUCUUAGCAUCUGCAUCUCAGAAAAAUAUGGUCGUCAUAUUAUUGCUACCCGAAGCUUCGAACCAGGAGACAUCCUCUCAUUAGAAGAUCCAUAUUCAUACACUAUUUAUCGAGACAAGAAAUACACACACUGUCAUCACUGUUUAUUAAGAAGUCAUAAUAUGAUUCCUUGUCCGCACUGUCCAAUCGCACAAUACUGUUCAGAACAGUGCAAAAAUUUAGACUGGAAACUCGCACAUUGCACUGAAUGUCCCAUUUCAUCAUUAUUAUCAAAUUUACUACAUUUUGAUGUCGAUAAAACUCGCAUGCUUAGCAAAAUAGUAAGGUUUCUAAUAGUCGCAACCAAAAAUGGCACAGAUAUUGAAGGACUACGUCAAGACAUAAAAGAUGCAGAAUCAAAUCGAGAUAGCAGAACAGCAGGAUUUACAGAAAAUGGAAUUCUCGAUAGUAAAAGUGCUCGAGCAGCUUUAAGUCUUGCGACUAACAUGUCAACAAGACCUCCUAUUGGACUGAGUGCAUUCGCCUGCAUUUCGGCACUUGCAGCUACUUUGUUAGCUACACAAACCACAUUUUUUGGCGUCAAAUAUGAAGCAAGUCAGUUAAAAAAUAUCAGUGAACUUUCGAAUAUCAAGUUCUGUGCUAGCCUGAUGUUUAGAGCCUGUGUCAUUACAUCUUCUAAUUGUUUUUCGAUUCAGCAAAGACCAGGUGUUAAAUCUGGUUCUGGUCUCUACAUCUUUCAUAGUUUGUUUAAUCACUCUUGUACUCCUAAUACGCUGCGACAUUUUGAAGGAUUAAAAAUGAUAACACGAGCAAUGGAAUGGAUUUCUCCCGGGGAUCAAGUUUUUACAAGUUAUGGCGGAGGAUAUCAGCACAUGCCUCGAUCUGAGAGAAAAAAGAAAAUGAUGGAAGAUUAUUUCUUUGACUGUGAUUGUACAGCUUGCAUUUUCGAUUGGCCAACGUAUCCAGAAAUUAUUAGAAAUCAUGUGGGUUCAAUUUCUAAAAAUAAGGAACUCGUCGGAAAGUUAAAACCAUUUAAAAAACGAUUGCUUGAAGAUAAAUAUGAUGUCGAUGCAGCCAAAAGUAUUCUUAAGAUUUUGUACAAAGAAGCAAAAAUGCCAUGUGAGGAAAUAGUCCACGGAGUGCAAUACCUGAAAAGUUAUUAUUUAGGUUAUCUCAAAUUAUACGACUCGUCUCACAAAGCUCGCUAGCUUGAAUGAAAUGCAAAACUGACCUGAAUUGCAAUAUUGAAUUGAGGCCAGCGACGAAUUUAUAUGUGGUCUUUAAUCUUUCUCAUUUUAGCAUGCAAUUCUCUUUUCUGUCUAUAACGUUUCAAAGCUUUAAACUGCACUUAAGGGGUCAUUGUUGUAUAACUAUGUGAAUUUUAGUAAGUGUCUGCAAUAUAUUUUUCUACUAGGUAUAACAAAAUUCUAAUACUUUAUAUUAUUCAUUGCAUAUUCAGGGUGGCCGUUUUCAGCGAGGAAAAAAAAUCAACUAUCAUUUCUCGUUUCGUACAAAUUGUUGACGGUCACUGAAAUUAAUAACGCAACAUACAGUGGGUAAUCAUUGAUUAAGAGCAACAAUAAAAGAAUAAUAAAUAAUUUCAAUUUUUUAACACGUUUAGUCUCUUAAAUAUUAAUUAAAUUAAAUUAUUUUACAUAUAUUGCUAUUUAUAUUAAAUGAUUAUCCACUAUAGAAUGCAUUAUCCAAUGUAGGGAGAUUUCCAGGUACAUUAAACUAGCACCUCCACAAUCGAAUUUUUGAAUUUUUCAUAGCUC